ACGUCACGCACCUCCCACGAUCUGUCAGAUUCAAGAUGGCUGCUGGGGACUACAGCAGGCCUCCCUCCCUAAAUUUCUCCGGCCCAGGGCCUUUGGGAAAUGGCCAGCCCAGCAACAGUGGUUAUUCAAUGCCUACGUCCAACGGUGGGCCCACUGGUGCGACUGGAGGGGUUCAGGGGCCUGCAAGGCGCCCCAACCCGCAGUCGGGGCCUGGCGGAGGAGAAAACGCCGGUGUUGCAGCUGGAACUCCACCGACUGUGCAGAACUCGAUUCAGCAACCGUCAGCUCAAAGCGCUGCGGGAAGGGGGGCCUCCGGAGCAACGGCAUCGAAUGUUUCAGCAGCGAGUGUACCAGGUACCCAUUCCUCACUGUCGUCAGCUGCUGUUUUGGUUUACCGGGAGCCCGUGUACAACUGGCAGGCGACGAAAAGCACCGUAAAGGAACGGUUUGCUUUCCUGUUCAAUAACGAGGUUCUGAGUGACGUUCAUUUUCUAGUGGGGAAAGGUAUGGGAGUGCAACGAAUACCCGCACACAGAUUCGUUCUCGCUGUGGGCAGCGCAGUCUUCGAUGCCAUGUUCAACGGGGGUAUGGCGACCACCUCAACGGAAAUCGAGUUGCCAGAUGUCGAACCUGCAGCAUUUCUGGCAUUACUGAAGUUCCUGUACUCUGAUGAGGUCCAGAUAGGGCCUGAGACGGUGAUGACCACUCUGUACACGGCUAAGAAGUAUGCAGUGCCAGCCUUGGAGGCCCACUGUGUGGAGUUCCUCAAGAAGAACCUGCGGGCUGACAAUGCCUUCAUGCUGCUCACUCAGGCUCGACUUUUCGAUGAGCCCCAGCUUGCCAGCUUGUGUCUAGAGAACAUCGAUAAGAAUACAGGAGAUGCGCUCGCAGCUGAGGGUUUCACUGACAUAGAUCUGGAUACUUUAGUGGCUGUGCUGGAGCGGGACACUCUGGGGGUGAGGGAGGUGCGUCUGUUUGUGGCGGCGGUACGUUGGGCAGAGGCAGAGGCCCACCGGCAGCAGCUACAGCCCACCCCAGAGAACAAACGCAGGGUCCUGGGCAAGGCCCUCGCCCUCAUCCGCUUCCCACUCAUGACUAUCGAGGAGUUUGCCGCAGGACCGGCCCAGUCCAGUAUCCUGACAGACAGGGAGGUGGUGAGUCUGUUCCUUCACUUCACGGUGAACCCAAAGCCCCGCGUAGAGUUCAUCGACCGGCCUCGCUGCUGCCUCCGGGGGAAGGAGUGCAGCAUCACACGCUUCGGACAGGUGGAGAGUCGCUGGGGCUACAGUGGAACCAGUGACCGUAUACGGUUUUCGGUGAACAGGAGGAUCUUCGUGGUGGGCUUUGGCCUCUACGGCUCCAUACACGGCCCCACAGACUACCAAGUCAACAUCCAGAUCAUUCACACAGACAGUAACACAGUGCUGGGUCAGAACGACACAGGCUUCAGCUGUGAUGGCACAUCCAACACCUUCAGAGUCAUGUUCAAGGAGCCGGUGGAGAUCCUUCCCAAUGUCAACUACACAGCCUGCGCCACACUCAAGGGUCCUGACUCUCACUAUGGGACCAAGGGAAUGCGUAAGGUGACUCACGAGUCGUCCUCCACCGGCACCAAGACAUGCUUCACCUUCUGCUACGCCGCAGGCAACAACAACGGCACCUCGGUAGAAGACGGACAGAUCCCCGAAGUCAUCUUCUACACCUAGUCCCCUCUAAACUCACCCUGACCUCUGAGGGCUUGGGGUCACUGGACUGCUGAGAGACUCUGGCCCUGUUUGAAUAUGUAACCAAUGCCUAUAUACUCCCUGUGGCCCUUCCUUAGUCUCUCCGAUUGUACGGUGGAAGCCACACCCAGUUCUGUCACAGGAGGCAUCGACUAUUGGAGCAUGCUCUUUAUCCCUCUCCCAUUACACACUGACCAUGGAGAGAGAGGGAUGUCGCCUUGUUACUUUGACAACCGUCUUAUCUGAGAGGAGUCAAACUGGUCAGAACUAUUGACAUGUAUUUACAGCACCACCGUUGUAUGGUCUGUCUGUAGCUAAAAGCAUAUAACAUACUGUUAAAUUCUAGUCCCCACACCCUUUAGGGUGCAGAGUCAUGUGACACUAACAAGGUUUUUGGCCAUCAGGUCUCCAUAUUCAUGAUGUUCUAACACGAAUGUAGUUCUGGUUGUGUCAGGUGGACAAUGCAAGGCUGCAGGAUGUUCUGCGCUCAUUGCCAAACAGGAGCCAUUAUAUGCUCAAACAUAUGGAAGUCGUAUUUCAAGGUUUAAAAUCCCUCAGCUCUGAGACUGAUAUUCACCAUUGGAAGGUAAACAGCUCCAUCGUACGUGUCUGCAUUACAGCACAUCCCUGCUAAGAGGAAACAUUGCCUUUAAAUCACACUGAAUUGAAAGUCCAAAACUACCAAGUUUUUGAACACUGCUGGUCUUGGCUCUUUUUUUGCAAGGGUCAAAUAAAGUAUUCAGGGAACAUUAAAGUUACUGUCCCGUGUGGCUCAGUUGGUAGAGCAUGGGGGACCAGUACGGAAAAAGAAAAGUAUGCAUUCACUACUGUAAGUUGCUCUGGAUAAGAGCGUCUGCUAAAUGACUAAAGUGUAAAUGUAUAAUGAAAGUACCAUUUAUAUACUGGCUGUCCUAAUCUACCAUCAAUUUGUGAUUUCAGACCAUUCAAAAACCAAUAAAGACAUCCACUCCAUGUA